GAGAACAAUGCUGAUUGAAUCGACAGGUCGUGACGGUGUACCCGCUGGUGGCGUACAUGCUGCGUACGGAGGCGGCCAUCUUGUUGUCGUUGCGCGACACGCCCGCCCUUAUGUUGCUCGUCAACGCGUGCAUAGUUGUCAUGUGCAUAUUGUUCGCGUGCUUCUGCCCUAACAUAGGGACAAUUAUAAGGUACACGGGCGCGCUGAGCGGGCUGGUGCACGUGUUCGCGCUGCCGGCCGCGCUGCACGUGCGCUCACUGCACCUGCGCGGCGAGCUCGCGCACUGGAUGACGGCACUCUACUGUCUCCUCGUGCUCGCCGGGGCCGCCAACCUGCUAAUGCAAUUCUUCAUUACCGAGUGACUGUUUUAUUAAGUUCCAAUAAAACAUAUCGACGCUUGAAAGGCAAACGUGACUGAGCGACAAU